AGAACCUAAUUGACUGUACAAUGCCUGGAGAGUCAACGAAAGCGGCGGAUCCGGCCGCUGCCACAAGUCCCAGCACACCGAAGAAGAAGCCCACCAAUUCAAAGGCGGCUCUUGCGAAGGUUACCCUGCUCGAUGGUUCUAUUCUGGAGGUGACCAUUGAUCGCAAAUGCCGUGGACGCGACCUGCUGAACUCGGUCUGCGCCGGUCUGAACAUACUGGAGAAAGAUUACUUCGGGCUGACGUACCACACAGCAAACGAUCCACGCGCCUGGCUCGAUCUCGAGCGCCCGGUGACGAAAUUCUUCCGCUCCGAUCCGUGGGACCUCUCAUUUGAGGUGAAAUUCUACCCACCGGAACCGGCCCAGCUGCAGGAGGACAUCACGCGUUACCAUCUGUGUCUGCAGGUGCGAAAUGACAUCCUGGAGGGCCGGUUGCCCUGCUCGUUCGUUACACAUGCCCUGCUCGGAUCGUAUCUGGUACAGUCCGAGCUGGGUGAUUACGAUCCGGCAGAGAUGAAGGAUCGUUCUUAUCUGAAGGAGUUCAAGAUCGCACCCAACCAAACACCGGAGUUGCUAGAUAAGGUUAUCGAUCUUCACAAAACACACAAGAGUCAGACACCAGCAGAAGCUGAACUACAUUAUCUUGAAAAUGCGAAAAAGCUCGCUAUGUACGGUGUCGAUCUGCACCCGGCAAAGGAUUCUGAGGGCGUCGACAUCAUGCUUGGCGUGUGUGCAUCCGGUUUACUCGUCUACAGAGAUAAACUCCGGAUCAAUCGAUUUGCCUGGCCGAAGAUUUUAAAAAUCUCUUACAAACGCAACAAUUUCUACAUCAAAAUCCGUCCCGGCGAGUUCGAACAGUACGAGUCGACGAUCGGCUUCAAGCUGGAAAAUCAUCGCGCAGCUAAAAAGCUAUGGAAGGCAUGCGUCGAACAUCACACCUUCUUCCGGCUGAUGACACCUGAACCGCAGCAAAAGUCGAGCCUGUUUCCGAGACUCGGCUCAAAGUACCGAUACUCUGGACGUACACAUUACGAGACGCGAAAAACACCGGUAGAGCGCCCGGCGCCAGAUUUCAAGCGUAGCUUGACCGGCAAGCGUCUUUCCAGCCGUAGCAUGGAUGCUCUAGCACAGCAAGAAAAGGAACGUGCCGCCGCCAAGGAUGCAAACAAGGACGCUAACAAACGGCACACGAUGUCACAUCCGCCGGAUCACAUUCCCGAUCUGGAUUCACCGACCCGUGGUUCUCGCAGUCCGAUCAAGAAGGACAAAAAGGAACGCAAACCGGCUGGAGGUGUUGCCGUGCUGCCAGGCGCAGGAAAGAAGGACAAACCAGAACAAGCCAGCCAAAAGGACGAAGGUCUGAAUGGAAACAAUGGACAAGCUGAUGCGCUAAAUUCAUCCGCAGAAGAAACCACAUCCCCAUCAGGCAAGCGCAAGGGUUUCCUGUUCUCAUCCGGUCGCAAGUCACCGAAGGACAAGAAAGAAACUGGCAAGGAACAACAGCCGGCUAAACUAAUGGCGGCAGCAAACGGUGACGGUAGUGCUGCGGGUAAAAAGGACCCAGCGAAGGAAGCUGUUCAGGCGCGUGCACAGGACGCAACGAACAAGCAGGUUACACCGGAGAAGCCGGGCUUUACCAAAGCGUAUGAAUAUUCGGAAAGUGAGCAGGAUCCGGCUGCACAUAAGAAGAAUGUGAAGACGCGUGGUUUCCGCUAUGACGAAGCACCGUUGCGUCAGAAUGAGGAGAACGAGCCGCAGCUGAGUCCAAACUCGCAGAGUCGCCGUGCGACUGGGUUGGCUUUCAAUUAUGCUCCGGGUGAAGAUCAGAAAGUGCGUGAGUCGGUUGAGAAGCGCAAAACACCUGGAUCUCCAGUAUCUGGCACCGCUGGAAAGCCGGACCAAUUGUCCCCGAAAUCGGCUGCUCGAGGUCUUCCUGGCGAAACUGAUGCUGAGAAGGGUGUCCGUACGAGCGCACGAUCGUACUCGCCGAACAAGGGACGCCAGGCAGUUGAUCCGCUAGCAUCCGGUGCGGGUACGUUCCGUCCGCUAGAUGACACAAGCAACGCCUUUAUUCAGGGUGAACAGGCUGGUGCAGCUGCCGCUGCCGCCGCAGCCGCUGCUGCUGCUGCUGCCGAACCGGCCAAGAAAAAGGUUAAGAUCAUGGUGAUCAUUUCGAAGUUUGAUCCCAAAACGAAGAAGGUCGAUACGGCGCAAGGUGUGGUUGAACAUUCGACCGGUGUGCUGGAUACGAAGACGGGACAGAUCGAGAGCAAGUAUGGACUGAUUGAUCCGAAGGCUGGCACGGUGGUAAACUUUAACGCUCGCACCGGCCAGAACGAAACGUUCCAGGGUCAGACGGAUCCGAAGACGGGCCAGUUGCACAUUGUCGGUGGAGUUGUAGACUCGGCCAGCGGUAAAGCGGACGAUAGUCUUGGACAGGCUAUUAUGGUCGUACCAGAUGAGGACUCUGUAGUGGAGAUCACCACCAUCACGUCCAAGGUUGAUGCCAACACGGGUAAAAUUGAUACCAUCAAUGGAGAAAUUGAAAAGAGUCGUGGAAUUCUGAACCAUCGUACUGGAAUUCUGAGCACCAAGUACGGUGACAUUAACCCGCGCACUGGCGAAUUGCGUGCAAUUGAUCCGAAAACUGGAAAACCAUCACCGGCCGCUUCUGCCGUUCGUCCAGUAACGGUCGAUCGCAACAAUGGACAGAUUAUGGUGGUCGGUGUGACUGAUCCGAAGACAAACAAGCUGGACAAUAGUCAGGCACAUUUGAUUGCGAUCGGAAAUCAGGUUGAUCCGGUAGUGGAAGUUACCUCCGUGCUCGGCAAGCUCGACAAGAAGGGUCUGGUUGAUCCGAAGACGAUUACGAUUGACAAGAGUACGGGUCAGCUGGACACGAAGGAUGGCAAGAUUAAUACUAAAUUUGGCCAGUUGGAUCUAGUGAAGCAAACUGUAACGUUUGUUGAUCCCAAGACGGGUAAGACAGAAACGAAGGAAAUCAAGGUAGAUCCAGUAACUGGGCAGGUGUUGCUGAAGAAUCAGGUGAACCCCAAGACGGGCAAAACGGACAAAGAUUACGGACGUAUCGUAUCGAUUCGCAUCGUACACAACCGUAUCGAUCCGGUCACUGGUAAGCACGUUCCAGCGGCCCCAGUUGAGGAUAAGGAUGUUCGGGUGGAUGCCAAAACCAAUCAAGUAUGGUUGCCGGAUGGUGGUAAAGAUCCGAAGACAGGUGAAACCAUCUACACCUCCAGCCAGGUCGAUCCGAAAACUGGCUUCGUCAUCACGAUCUACGGUUAUCUUAAUCCGAAAACGAACGAAAUCGAACGACAAUCCAAGAUGGAUCCUAACCUCACGAAGAUUGACCCAACGACCGGACAGAUUUAUGCCGCGACCGGCCAGGUGGACGAAAGCACCGGUGAACCAUUGUUCGCCGCCACACAAAUCAACGAAGAGGACGGCGAAAUCUACACUAAGGUAGGCCGUAUCGAUCCGAAAUCGGGCCGACUAGUCAUCAUCAAGAUCUUCAUCAUCACGAAGAAGGACGAACGGGGAAAACCGGAAGAGCUCGACGUGAGCGCUGUCGAGUUGGAUCCCGAGACGGGACACAUCCGUAACGUUGCACCGAAAACACUCUACCUGUACAAGAUGCGUGAUCCGAUCACGGGCGAAACCUACAACGUUGAUCCGAAUGAUCCGCGCAUUGCCGGUGCACGGACGACCGUAACGCAAACGAUGACACUGAGCGGUGAGAUUGAUCCCGUUACCGGGCGCAUCAAGUCCGAGUGGGGCCAUAUCGAUCCGAACACGGGCGAUAUUGAUCCGGCGACGGCUAUCCGUGAUCCAGUUACCGGGAAACUCAUCCUCAACUAUGCCGACAUCGAGCCGAGCCAUUUCGGCAAGAAUGUAACCGUGACGAAGGAAACUGUUCCGAUUACGCGCGAACAGUUCUACGAAGGCAUCAAACAUAUGGGCAAGAAGGCAACGCGCCGGGAAUCGGAAAGUUCGGACGAUGAUAUGACCGCCCAGUACGGUAAGGAAAGCAUCAAGGAGAUAGGCUCUGGUGGUGCGUUGGCGGGCAGUAAACAGAAUGCUGGCACACCGACAGUGGUGAAGACGACCACCAAACAGGUGAUCACGAAGAACGAGGACGGCGUUACGCACAAUGUUGAGGAAGAGGUGCAGAAUCUAGGCACCGGCCAGAUCGUGUACUCCACCCAGGAGCACAAGGCCGAUGCACCAACCGGUACGGAUGCAGGUAAAUUUGUGACGGCUACCGCUGUCACAACGCGCACUGCCACGACCCACGAGGAUCUGGGCACGAACGCAAAAACGCAACAGCUCGAAGAGAAAACGGUAGCCACCACCACUACCCAGCACGGUGAGCGACAGGAACAGCGAGUUAUUACGCAGGAAGUCAAAACGACGGCCACCGUUACGAGUGGCGAUCAGUAUGCGCGCCGUGACAGUGUCUCAUCGUCGAGUUCCGGCGAUUCCGGAACACCGAUCGAUGGCCCGUACGGAGACGAUUCGCUAUCGGAAGUGAUCUACAACAAGUCCUACACGGGAGCGGAUAACGUUGUUGGUGCCUCACAGAUUCCGGAAGGACCGAACGUGGAACAUCGGCGCGUGGUGUUGGAUGAUCUUGCCGAGGGUGGUACAACUACUCACGGCGAAAUUGUAUCGUCCCAGACGGUAUCCAGCAAAACGCGAACCGUCGAAACAAUUACCUACAAAACGGAACGGGACGGUGUAGUGGAGACGCGCGUCGAACAGAAGAUCACUAUACAGUCCGAUGGCGAUCCAAUCGAUCAUGACAAGGCCCUUGCUGAGGCAAUUCAGGUUGCUUCACUUAAAAUCAAUAUCAACCCUUUCGAUCGCCGGGAAGCAGCCCGUAGAUAUCUGCUGCACACAAGCCAAACACCCCUGACCGAGUUUCAUUCGACGAAACCGGGCAACGGGCAAUCAUCUUCCCAGGGCCGUCCUACGGAUGCGAAAUGA